CUCUGUUUUUUUCCCAUCAUUUCAGGUUCCCACUUGUUUUUUUUUCUGCUUUCUUUUCUUUUCUUUUUUAACAAACAAGGUUUUUGAAUGGUAUCAUAAUGUCUGAAUACCAUUCAUUUUCUUUAACACAACAUUUGCCUUUAACAAAGAAAAAAGAAGAGAAUACAAAGCAGGAUUUAGUAUCAACCGACUUGGAUUCUUUACUUAAUCAUCCUCAGACAUUCCAGCAUGCUAGGCAUCAUACAGCACCUGUAAAUUCAGCUGAAUUUCACCCUCUAUUGGAUUUUUUACCCUUUGAUGAUAAUCUCAUCAUCCCUAGUCAUCAUCGACAACAAUUAAAUCAAGGCAGCAAUACACUCGACGCUGUUUCAAAUUUCAAUGCGACCGAUCCUUCUUUAUUUUCAUCCCAUCAUGAACAGAGAUCCAUGAUGUCUUAUUUUGAUGGUAUUCAAGAUCAUUUUGUAGCCACAACACCUCAAGACAAUUCAGUUGGAUCCGGUUUUUUGGAAUUUACGCCUAGUCGCAUCAGUACCUCUGUUCAUUCUCGUAUGACACAAGGCAUGGUUCAUGCUGGUAAAAUCAAGCCUGUCAUACAGACAUAUCUUCAAGCACAAGAUCCUAUUGAAGUAGGAGAAAGAACAGUUAUUAUCAUGACAAGUAAAGUAGCUCAAAAGAGCUAUGGUACUGAGAAAAGAUUCUUGUGUCCUCCUCCUACUGCUACUUUAGUAGGCUCAAGUUGGUGGACACCUCCUCUUCAGCCAGACCAAGGUAUUGUAUUUCGUGACAAAGAAAAUGUGGCCCGUGCUCCUCCUUCUCUCACUAUCUGUAUCUCGGGUGAAAACACAGGUCAACAGUCGGGUCGAAUUGAAUGGUAUGAUAUCGCUGGUACGGUUGUGGGUCAAACAGGUGGAGAUACACAAAAGACCAAGGCCAAAUCAGACGACCUGGUGCUGGGAGAGAACAAGUCUGCCAAUGAUGAUUGGUACUGUAACAAAAAACAGCAAACCUUAGCAGGAGGUCGUUGUGUCCUUAAACGAUUGUAUAUCAAUGAUGCUGAUGAGAAAAGAAAAAAAGUUGAAUGUUUAGUCAAGGUCCAAUUGGCCAAUGGCCUUUUGUUAGGCACUUUAGCGAGUCGAGGCAUAAAAGUCAUUAGUAAGCCAAGUAAAAAAAGGCAAAGCGUCAAAAAUGUAGAAUUAUGUAUUUAUCAUGGAACAACUGUAUCGUUGUUUAACCGUAUUCGAUCUCAAACAGUCUCUACUAAAUAUUUGGGUGUUUCAUCUACCUGUGGUGACUCUUCUUUAUUUGAUUACCCAGGCAGACUUCAGACCCAAACAGCAAUGCAUCCGAAUACAGACACAUGCUUUGUCGCAAGAACAAGCUGCUGGGAUCCCUUUAUUGUAUGGAUCGUAGACCAUACACAAGGCUCCAAUCACUCCCAGAGCACAAAUCAACCUGAAGAAUAUAUUGGGUGUCCAAGCCUGAUACCCACCAUUCCUUACCCCAACCCACCUACCAUUGCACUUAAAAACAAGACAAAUCAGCCUUUGGCUGUACGGUAUAAUCAACGCGUUGUGCUUCAAUGCUUAACCACAGGUCUUGUCAGCCCGGUCAUGAUCAUUCGAAAAGUAGACAAGGCUUCCACUGUUGUAGGUGGUGCUCAAUGUCCUGAUGGAUUUGAUCCUUCUUUCUCAGGUGGUGGUGAAUACGGUGAUGAAGUCUUGGGCGAUCCAGUCUCUCAACUUCAUAAGAUUGCACUUCAAAUCAUUCAACCUCAAAGUGAUGCGCCGACACACGAUCCGUAUUCCAUGAUGCCUCAAGCAGCACAAGGUCCAGUCACUUAUCUUGCUUGUCUAAAUGAUUUAGUAGGCACGCAUAAGGCAACACAAACACGGAGUCCCAUCAAGGGCAUUCAUGCGACGAUGAACCCUACCGCAGCCGCUGCUAUGGCUGCAUCCGAAUCUCUUGCUUUUACAGCAAGUUCAUUAUCAGCCACACUGAAUGCAAACAUGGCUCGUAAAAGGCGUGCUUCUUUACUAGAAGAUCAUCCCAAUACGUUCUUUCACCAACACCCUCACAUGUAUACCCUUGAGGAUGGACUAAAUCCUCAGCGGCGUCGUGUGAGUAGUUUAAGUGACGCUCAAUCUACAGACCCUUAUGAAACUCUGUUGAUUCAAAGAUCACAUUCGAUUUCCACUCCUUCUGCAGCAUAUCAAGACAAAUCUGCUCAUGCAAAUCGCAAGCAUCAGAUUGCAGCGCAUGGUGGACAAGCAUUGGCUGAAUUUGGUGCCUAUUGGUCUGAAGAUGUGACAGAUGCAGCUGUAUGGACCAUUGUAGGCACAGAAUGCGCUCGAUAUACAUUUUGGACACCUCCUUACUUGGAUCAAAAUAAGCAUCAAGAAAAACAAACAACAACACCUUUAAGCACCCCCUUUCCAUGCCUUACACAUUUCACUGUAUCCAGUCAUGAAAAGAAAAACGAAGACAAUCUCAUGACGGUAUCAGGCGAAAACUUUACUCGCGAUCUUCAGAUCUGGUUUGGUGAUAUCAAAGCAGCUUUUACAGAAUACAAAAGUCGCGAUAUGCUUGUGUGUAAGCUCCCUCCGCGAGAAGAGCUUUUACAAUCUAUUGGCCUAGACAGACAACAAGGCAUGCCUUAUAGUAUCAGGAUACUAUUGGUAAGAGGCGAUGGUGUCGUCUAUAAAACAAAUCGAUCUUAUACUUUUCAUUAAGCUUUCUAUGCAAAAUUCUUUAUAUGUGUCACUCAUUUCCCUAUGCUAUGUACUAUACACUUUAUUCGAAAAUGUUUGGGACAUUUUUGAGAAAAUAAAAGAAAGAAAACUUCCUGU